CUCUGCAGCUCUUCUGUGACCAUCUGGACGAUGGAAGUUUUACCGACACCCGAGCUGCCCGUGAGAAGCAGGCCCGGAGUCCCUCGAACAGCGUCGGUCCCCGAAUGCAUGGCAAGCAUCCGACGGCAGAAUUGCGAGCAUUCCAGGAAAACAUCGUCCACACCCGCGAGAGAUAUUUUCGGGGGGGCAUCGCGCGUCAGCUCUGCGGGCCCUUCGGUCGACUGCAUAGUAUCGGUCUCGGGAGGCCGAGACAGACAGACCCGACCGCAAUCUUGCGCAGCGCGGCAGAUGAUCUGUCCACGGGGCACCUGCUUGUCAGGGCGCACGAACACGUCCACCGGCGCCGCUGCGAGUUCACGAUUCUCUUCCGCGGCCAGUGGGUCGACCGGAGGAGAGAGCCGCUUGAGUAGGGCCUUGUAAUAGGUCGUUCCAUCGUCAGUCGCUGUUGGAUGCAGAAUCGCAAAGGACUCGGGCGAAACGAGACCGAAUUCCUCAGCACCGGGAAUUGCCGCGUUUAUCAGCCCAGGUGCGAGAACCCUGAGAAUCUGGGGCGCCACGACUGCAGCUGCAUUGGGCUUGGAUUCAUUCGCGUUUUGGCUUGUUGCAGCAGGUUCUCGGACCGGAGUGCCGUUCGCCGAUGCUUUUUUGGAGUGCAGUUUCGGAGCUAUCGAUACCUCGGUAUUCGUGGUCAACAGCAGUGCAUUGCCUUUAGAUUCCGGAACGAUGGAUACUAGAGCGCAACAAUGAGCAGCGCCGAUGGAGGUCAUUUGCCGGUACAUACCCACUCUGAGACGCACUCUCGUGCGGCCCAGAACCCACACGUCGAUUUCCUGGCCCACUUUGGCUACCCGCACUUGCGAAAGAAGAGUAGACUCGACGUGGGAGGCAUGGAUUUCCUAGGCGCGAUGCUUGAGCGUGAUUCGCAUCGGUCGGGCCUAGCGGGGAUGCUUACGAUGAUUUCCCAGUCGUCGGAGGUGAGCGGCUCGGUAGCAACCGAGGUGGCCAUCGAGAGGUCGUGCACAAGUCCGAUCUCGACCUAGAGUAGUUGAGUCGCAUGUAGCCGCUCAACGCGUGUCGAGCCCACAAUAUCGUUCUGCUUGAUCCCUAGGCCGAGCGCAUACUGCGGGUCAAUCUCCACAGUCUCUAAUCCCUUCUCAGACGGAUCAGACGUGUUGAAUUGCGCCAACGACGACGCGGAAGCCAUUCCGGUCCAUCCGACAUAGACUUGGAGUUUCUCUUGCGACACUACAGUCAAAUGGACCGCUAGAUGUUGAGGACGCUGGCAUGAUUGAAAUCUGAUUGAAUAUAUUUUGAACACGGAUUCCAGAAGCACUGAACGCGUACAAUGCUGCGUUCUACCAGAGGGCCAUAAAUCGAGAUGGGGAGGUUGACAAGGGACGACUUGAGGGAAACAUAGUGGACACGCGCUCGUCGCGGCAUAAGACAAGUGUACGCGUGAUGUCAAUUAUUACCAUGUGAAAUACCACAAGCUUGGCCUUCCCCAUUCUGUCCCGCAUCCGUCGACUUUUUUGGACUGCGUAAGGCCGGAGGCUUCACAAUGCCGACUGCCACGAUGACGGCCACGGCUCAGGCUCCCUCGACUCUCAAGCUCAAGGCCCCAGCGUCCUCUGCCCAAGUCACCCUGCAGACACUCUACCACCGUGCGGCACGCGCAUUCCUGCUGCGACAAGUAUCUCUCGUCCACUCCCUGCUCGAAUCCGCCUUUGUCCUGCUCCACCCCCCUCAGCAGCUGCAGGAUCCAGAUGAAUUUGCGGUCCUGCGGAGUAAAUGGGAUCUACUCCGCAUCACCUUCGAAACCACCGUGUACACAUCCCCUCCAGACCCCUCUGCGUCGGAUCUCCCCCACGACCUGAGGCAACUCGCGGCCCAGCCGCCGCACAUCUACAUCAACUCCACCUACCAGAGGUCCUUGAAGCUAUUCACACCACCGGCUGUGCCCGCACAGGCGUCUCAUAUCCCUUCAAGCGUGAUUCUCACGUUGGCGUAUUCAAGCCUCAAAGUCGACGCGGCGGACUCUGGGCGCGUUGUAAUUGAGGAUUGGCUUGCCUCUCGACAAUAUGCGGUCGUAAGCGAAAAGGAUGCGGAUGACGGGUAUCAAAAGGCCGUGGAGGCGUAUUGCCUACAUAUUCUGCCUAAAUUAGAGCAGUGGGAGUACGCGAAGGAGUUUCUGGAUUACGAGAGCGAGUUGGCUCCAGAUGUGAGAAAGAACAUCCAAGCCACACUCGAAACUUCCUACGCUCAAGCAAUCGCAGCGAAGCUGCCACCGCCGAAAGCGGCCCCGAGACCUCACUCUCCAACUCCCUCCAACUCCUCCUCGUCGUCAUCGCUCUCCUCGACUGCAUCGGCCCACACCGUCUUGCCAUCAACGCCGCGACCGAGAUCGAAUUUGACAAGGCGCACUCCUUCGACCAUAUCUGACAGCACGGCCACCCCUCGAGCACGGUCUGCGGCUGUCCGAGCGACCUCGCCGCCGCAGCACUCGGCGUCGCUGCCGCGACUGUACACCCCGGGAGCGCCCACGGAACGAACUCCGCCGCUUUCGGGAUACGAGCUGAUCCGCGCGACACUAGCGCCGUACUUAACACCGCGAGCCAAGCUGUCGCUCGCAUCACUCGUCACGUUUCUCCUCCUGUUUGCCGUGCCUCUGCUCGUCCGACGCCGGCGCACCAAAAGUAUUGAGCCUGCGGCCGGCAAUGCAGAGGCCGUCCGCCGGAGGCUCGUAGCAGCACACGUGACCAAUACAAGCGCAGGCUGGAUCCGGCAGCUCUUGAUGGCGAUUCUGCGCGUGGUUGGAGACACCGUUCGGAUGGCCGGCAGUGGGUUGGUAUGAUAUGUCUUGGUGAUAUUGGCUGGGAGCAUGUUAUGUAGAUUUGUAUAUGCGAUAAAGAUGCUCGUUAUAAAUAAGCGUCGAACACUGGCAAGGGACGUCGGCUGGUGGACAUACUGAUGGCGGAUGAUUUGAGCCUACCUCGAGAUCGUCCGCUCCAAGAAGCCGACCGUUGAUGCGAGAGGAGCCUCCUCGGCUCCUUGUCGCUCGGGGCCAGAACGAAGUGUUUCGACAGUUCGUCGCGCACCUCCAUCACCUCCUCGGGGUGUAUUGUCACGAACGAAUGUGCGUCGUUGAAUGAAUGGCCGAUUUCAGAGCCUGCCAGCGACCCUAUUGUCGGCCGUUUUUGGAGGACAGGGAUUCGAGCCAGAAAGAGUGUUUGGAUCUGAGGCGAUGGAGAUAUCGGAGCAGGAGCAGCCUCUUUCGUCGACUUGACAAGAGUAAGAGAGUGCCUUCGAGGUCGUUCACUGAGCAAACGCGCUUUUUCGACUUCUUUCAGGUCAUAGUUCUCAAUAUUCCAGGGUGUCGGCGGUGUUGUUUUGAUCGCAGGCAGCUCCGCGUCGAGGGACACCCGCAGGAGAUGCCGUCCAUCUUCCGCAUUGUGCAGCGCUUGCAGUUCUGCGUACACAUGUCUUCUCCACAUCAUGAAGCUGACUCCAAGCAGAACGAGCGCAACGAGGAUGGCGAUGGCGAUCCCAAUGAAGAGCGAUAAGCUCCAGCUCGAGUUCUCCCUGGCAUUUCUGCCUAUCCCGUCAACAUCGCAUCUCGGUGCUUGUGUUCCUUGCGCACCUGGUGGAGAGGUUUGUGAUUUCGGAAAUAGACAUUGCAGUGUUGAAGGGAGGUUAUGAGGAACAGGGGUGUGUCGAGAGAAAGGCUGCAGUCCUCAGGUACAUAUGCGUCCAUAUCAACGUGAUAUGUAGUCCCGACGCAUAAGCGUGCGCCAUGCUGAAGAAUGCAGGCCGCCAUGUCGACACCCAAUGAUUAUCCUCUCUUGUUGCCAGAGAGCGUGCACCAUCAUGCUGAACCGUGUUAGUUGAGGGCAAUCUUCAUCAGUGAUGGACAGCGAAGUAGCGUCUCUUGACAGAUUCCACACGCCCAUUUGAGCGCGAACAUGGAGACACAUAUGAUGCGGACAGGUGGAACGUGGUUGAACAAUGUUCAUCUGAGUUGUAGAUGGACAAACUACGGUCUACCGAUCGCCAGGUGAGGUGCGCAUCAAGCCGCACGUGACCGUGGGGCCCCUCCUCGACAAAAAGGACCUCUCAAGCCGGACUCAACACUGACCGCCAGAGAGAGAUUUCUAGCGUGGAUAAGACAUAGAAUACCCG